GUCACUCUUUCAGACCGCCUCAAGGGACUGCCCUGAGCGCUCGAGCGAGCCAUGGGCGGUGCUUUUGGGAGAGAUGAUCUGUCUGUACUCGGCAACGGGGGGGUGAUUGUGAUGCAGUCGCCCAAGGUUUGCCUCCUGGCCAAGCCAGCCCCGCCCGAUGCGGACGCCCAAAAGUUUGACUGCCUCGCCAUGCUCAGCGAUGCCCAGUGGCAAGACUUCAUCGGCAAGCUGGAAAAGAUUGUGAAUCGUUUCUGGUCGGAGACGUGGCAGCUCAUCGGAUUUCCAGUUUUGCUGCUGGCAGUGGUCCUUGCAGUGCUCACCAUUGUUGACGAGCUUUUCUCGUUUGCAAUGGUGCCUGUCUUCUUUCUCGCUGCUGUCAGCUCGCUUGGGGCUCGAGCCUUCAUCGUGGCACAGAACUCGUCGUUGGAUGCCCAGAUCGAAGCGUGGUGCCGAGAGUUAACGAUGUCCACCGGUGGGAUGGUCAACGUCCAGUAUCGCACCAGGUACACAGGCUUCUGCAAUCUCAAGAUUGCCAGGACCACUCGAAUGCUGGCAUUUAUGCCGGGGGUCGCUGUAGGUGUCCCCGCUGCUCCAACCACGGUCGAGGCCCAAGUGGCGUGAGCCGGAGCUGAGGUGUUCCAGUCGCCCAGUCGCCCAGUCGCCCAGUGGCCACUCGUUUUCCCCGUCGCCCGUGAGCGGGUUUUUUUACGACGAGUUGGCUGGGCGAGAAGUAGGUGGUUUACCCAUUCUGGGGCCCUUCCAAAACUAGAUUAUAUUUUAGGGCUUUAGGG